AUGCCGGGCACCAAGACGAGGGCAGUCAAUGAGGCUCAGCUGCAUGAACUGCCCGAGGGCCUGGGCGGGGCCCACAUCCCCCCCACACCCCUGCAGGAGUUUGCAGACGCGCUGUCCCAGCUGGUCACCCAGAAGUUCCACGAGCUGACCGGAGGCCUGGCAUCCAUCCACAGCCGCCACAAGGCACUGGCGGGAAUCAUCAUGAGCAGAGGCCUUGAUGCCCGACAGGCACAGGUGGUGGCCCUGUCCUCAGGCACCAAGUGUAUCAGCGGCGAGUACCUCAGCGACCAGGGCCUGGUGGUCAAUGACGGGCACGCCGAGGUGCUGGCCAGGAGGGCGCUGCUGCUCUUCCUGUACGCUCAGCUGGAGCUGUACCUCAGCACACGGCACGAGGACUGGGAACGUUCAGUGUUCGUGCAGCUGAAGGAGGGCGGCUUCCGGCUGCGGGAUAACGUGCUGCUCCACCUGUAUGUCAGCACCUCGCCCUGCGGGGACGCCAGGCUGCACUCACCCCAUGAGCUCUCCACCCAACUGAGCGCCAGCAAGCACGUGGUCAGGAGGUUCCGCGGGCACCUGCGCACCAAGAUAGAGUCCGGGGAAGGGACGGUCCCCGUGCGGGGGCCCAGCGCCAUGCAGACCUGGGACGGCGUCCUGCUGGGUGAGCAGCUGGUCACCAUGUCCUGCACAGACAAGAUCGCCAGGUGGAACGUGCUGGGGCUGCAGGGCGCCCUGCUAGGCUACUUCACGGAGCCAGUGUACCUGCACAGCAUUGUGGUGGGCAGCCUGCGCCACCCCGGACACCUGGCCCGAGUACUGAGCCGCAGGCCCGCCUCCCUGGGCCCGCUGCCAGCCGCCUACCGGCACAACCGACCUCUCCUCAGUGGAGUGAGUCUGGCUGAGCCCCGGCCACCAGGGAAGGCCCCCCACUUCAGCGUGAACUGGGUGGCAGGCACCCCUGACGUGGAGGUCCUGGAUGCCACCACCGGGAGGAGGAGCUGUGGGGCCCCAUCCCGGCUCUGCAAGCACAUGCUGGCCUCGCACUGGGCACACCUCUACGGGAAGCUGAGCACACGGACCCCCGGGGCAGAGGACGUGCCGGCCACCUACUGCGAGGCCAAGCUGGGCGCCCGCGGCUACCAGGCGGCCAAGCAGCAGCUGCUGGCGGCCCUGCAGGCGGCCGGGCUGGGCACGUGGGUGCAGAAACCGCCCGAGCAGGACCAGUUCCCGCUGCGCCCCUGAGCGCCCCCUCCAGGCCCGGCUCAAGCAGUCAGCACUCAGGCGCCGCCCGGCCCCGGCCCCCCCACGCCAAGGCCAGCGCCCCAACGUGGCCCCUGCUGCCCUCGCGCCGCCCCCACCCCUGCGCCGCCCCCCACACCAUUGCCCUCACGCUGCACCCCCUGCGCCCCUUUCCCCGUCACGGAAGCCAUGGGCUGCGCCCCCCAUACUCGCCCCUUCCCGAGGACUGAGACCCUACACACACAGGAGGGAGACCCCCCCAAGACCCCGAGCCCUCCGUCCCCACGGGAGUCGGGAGUCCGCCGGGGAACCCGGGCCGGGGCCCCCAGCUCUGCACAGAAGACGAAGGCCC